GUCAUCAGCUAACUAUCCUCUAUGGGUCACCAGCAAGCCCCAUUGUAGUGCCUGCGCACUACAAGGCCUGCACCGGUCGCUAUCGCCAGCCACAAUUUCCAGGACCAGUCGAGCCAUCAGGCUUGCUAUCCAAGCCAACGGACCCCGUCGGCGCCAGGAAAUCGAAAAUCGCCCUGGGGGAACUCAUGCGAGCUGCUGCGAGUACCAGGGUCGCGGACACCCGGCACGUGUCUGGCCCAGCAAGAGAGAACGUAACAAACGUUCCGGGGAAAUAUGCAAGAAGUGUGGCGGUGUCGGACUCUAUGCUCGGGAUUGUCCUACUUACGAACGAGUGGGGAAACCAACUCCUCAACACUGCGGAAGGAACUGAUACGAGCAAUGGGCACGCGGAAGGGACUCAGCCGCUUUCGGAAACGCGGUGGGAGUCUGAGUCGUCAUCGAUCCUGAGUGAAGAGGCUCCGGGCGCGACGACGGCUAGCAGCAGGAAGUCUGCAGAGGCAAGAGAAGACAGCUACAGGCCAGACUCAACAGAGCUUGCGCCACACUGGUGGCGGGAAACUUGCAUGAGAGAGCCUUGCGACCAAGGGGGAGCACUGCGCUAUGCGGGUGCGACAGCGGUGCUUCGCGUUGAGCUCGCAGGUAGUCUGUGUGAAACCUUCUUGGACACUGGGGCUUCAAGAAGUUUCAUUAGACCCAAAACAGUCGAACGACUGCAGCUCAAGGUGCAGAGACUUCCAGAAGAGCAUAAGUUCACUGUAGCUACAGGUGAACAAUUACGCAUUGAUCGGGUUAUGACGGGAUUGACGUUGUGGUUCAGACAUGCACGCUUUUCCAGGGACUUCUUAGUGGGAGCCGUUCCCUAUGACUUAUUUUUGGGUUUGGAUUGGCUGACGAAACAUAAGGUGGCCUGGUAUUUCCAGUCCGACAAGCUCCAAACCUAUGUGAAUGACCAGUGGUGCGAGUUACCGGUCGUUGGGACUGGUGAAGCAAAGCUGCAAGGUAACAAUCCCACUGUAGUCCACCCAAGGACCCCGGCAGAGCAAGCAUACGAGAUAUUGGCCAAACAAGUGGCGGGUAUGUCAACGGAGGAGGCAGCUAUAUUCCUACGCCCGCCACAUAAAAGGCAUAAGACCCACGCGAAGACUAAGGCGAAGGCACGGAUCAAGUCGCUCAUUCGUCAGGCGGCGGCUGACACGAAGAGUCUCAGGGCACCAUUGCGCGCGGAGGGUGAAGAGGAGUCGCCCUGGCCUGUGGCAAAACUCGAGCACACUCCAUUCGACGAAUGGAUAAAUUCGACAGAGGCGCAGGCUAUUCCAUGUGAGAUUAUCGAGGUGUUGCAGGAGUAUCGAGCGGUCUUUUCCGAUACCUUACCUAAGGGAUUACCGCCGAAACGCCCUCAUGAUCACCAUAUCCUACUGGUGCCUGGAAAACUUCCAUCGAAAUCUGCGAUAUACCGUAUGACCCCAGAUCAGCUCACAUUCCACAAACAGGAGAUAGCCAAAUUAUUGGACAGUGGCCGCAUUGGACCAACAUAUUCGCCUAUUUGCUCUCCUACGAUCAUGGUGGACAAACUUGAUAAUGGCUCCGGGGAGCGGAAGAUGCGCAUGGUUGUUAAUUAG